CGGUGACGUUUUGCGGUACCCGGAAGUAGUGGCAGAGUGACUCCUCCCUACUUCUAUACCAUCUUUACUACUACUUACACACGGUUGGGAUUUCACUUGUCCAGAUAUUGAAAAUGAGCAACUCUGAAGAACCGAAAGUGAUUACUGCUCCACACAUAGUGAAAGAAGAGCUCAUUACAGCAGGAAAGUGGGCGAAGCUGGAGAAGACGACAUACGUGGACCCUGCUGGAAACACCAGAACCUGGGAGACCGUGAAAAGGACAACGAGACGAACCAACACAGAAGCGGACGGUGUUGGAAUCAUCGCCCUGCUGAAACGGACGCUCCAUAAAGACUGCGUAGUGAUGGUGAAGCAGUUUCGUCCUCCUAUGGGAUGCUGCACUCUGGAGUUUCCUGCAGGGUUGAUUGACGAGGGGGAAAGUGCGGAGGCCGCUGCGCUGAGGGAGCUAAAAGAAGAAACCGGCUACAAAGGGGAAGUAGUAGGAAUCACUCCAGUGACCUGUCUGGACCCCGGACUGUCUAACUGCACAACCCAGAUGGUCAUGGUCAACAUCAAUGGAGACGAAAUGGAGAAUAUCAACCCAACGCAACAGCUCGGUGACGGAGAAUUUGUUGAAGUCGUUCUUUUGCCACUUGACGAAUUCCAGACGAAAAUAGAUGAUCUGCUGAAGAAAGAAAAAAUCGUGGUGGACGCUAAAGUGUACAUCUUUGCCAUGGGGAUGGUUCAGGCCUUCUUUAAGCCGAGGGAGCUCCCUCUCCUGAAGCAGUGAAGCAAAAUGUCCAGGAUGAGAAUGAGUGGAAGAAAGAGUCUUUUCUGUUACAUAGGGCUCCUACACAGGACUGGAAAAUUAGUCAUGAAAAGGAAAUAGAGGACGUACAAAUUGUAAUAAGGAAUUGUAUGAAAAGUUGCAAUUUUAGACUCCAUGUAACCUCGUAUUUUAAUAUUUGUUUCUAUGAAGUGUAAUGACCACCCAUAGAGCAAUAUGGCAGUUAGAAGACACAAUACAACUGUGUGCAAAUCAUACUAAACACAAAAAUCUUGAAAUCAAAUUAUGAGCUCAAAGUCUUGAAAAGGCCUUUGUUCCAGAAACUGAACCUAUGAAGGAGCCCUGUUUACACUACAUGUACUGGACCACUUUUUGUCCUCAGUACGGAGGUACUACCACACACCUCAAGGCCUGAAACACACUCUGGUGGCCAGUUCUUUGUACACUUAACUCAGAAUAUGUUUCACGCUGUAGUCUUGUAUGCCUUAAGUGGCAAAUAGUCAUUCCCAGGUUUUUAUGAGAUUACGAGUAGUGUGACAAGAUGCAGUUUGUUUGUAAUUUUUAUUUAGUGAUUGUAAGACAUUCCUUUACAUGUGCUAGCAUACUGUUUUGCUGACUUAAUGGGAGCAAACAAUCAACCUUUAAACACUUUUCCUAUGAAAAACUGGCUAUUGGUGAAGUACGUUGCAGUUCUUGCUUCAUUCAGUUUAUUGUAUUCUUCUGUUUCUCUUGGAAAACGUCAGCGGUCACAGAUUUUGGUGUCAGUCCGUCGGAAUUAUUGCACCAACAUUUAACAUCAUACAGAGAUCAGUCAAUCCACAGAACCCGAAAGCAACGGACAGCUGAAUUGUGCAAGCUCACAUCCUCCUUCUGGACUUUGUCUAAAGGCAUCCUGUGAAAAGAAGAAAUUCACUCACUAACUUAAGAGGAAGUAGAGGAGCCAUUAGUCACAAAAUAACUCAAGCAUUGUGGUAAUAGUUACAUACAGUAUUUGAUUGGUUUAUUAACAACAGUAUUAACACUUUCUCUUGUACUGUAUUGAUAAAGAAAAUAACAGAUUAAUAGGAAACAAUUCAUGCUGCGUCCCAGCUUUGUUAUAGUGCAGUUAACUGGACAUUGAUGCUGUACUUCAUAGCAACUAGAGAGUACUGACCAGUGAAUAAAUGUGAUACUACCUUUGCUCUAA